AUGGCUAGCCGCUAUGGAAUUUUGCUGUUGUGCGGAAUUGUGGGCAUCGUUUAUGGCCAAUGCCCUGCAAAUAGUCAAUAUAUUGGGGAGCUAAAUUCGUGUUUAUUGGUAUAUAAUCACCCCGCUACUUUUGAUCAGGCUGAAAAGAUUUGCUCAAUUUAUGGAGGGCAUUUGGCUUCGAUUCACAGUGCUUUCGAGAACCACAUCUAUGCGGCUUAUAUGUCAAGAGCCGGAAUGGAUCGGAAUAAGGCGCUGAUUGGAUUGUGGAAUAAUGGGAGUAUGUGGCAGUGGAACGAUCAGACGGAUGGGAAUUAUUGGCGAUGGGCAGAUAUGGCCGGAGAGGGCUCGUGCGCAACAUUAGAAACUGAUGGUGUGGUUUGGUAUUGUGCUGAUUGCCAAUCCGCCUUCCCCUUCCUAUGCAAAUUUGCUGUACAAAAACAACGCUGUGCACCCAGUUGGACGUUCUAUGAAAAGACUGGUAUGUGCUAUCACGUCGGCCAAAACUCGACUUAUGCAAACGCUCAAACCUAUUGUCAAACUUUUGGCGGAAACCUGGCUUCAGUGCAUUCUGCUGACGAGAACGAGUUCAUUUACCAGCUUGCCUAUAGUGCUGAAUGCGUCAAGAAAAUCGAUGUCUGGCUAGCCGGGACCACAAUUUUGGGUGGAAAGUAUAAGCGAGCAGCUGAUCAGGUUACUUGGGAGGAUGGUACAAUCACCGAUUAUCAACACGAAAUGUGUUUGAAAGCGGCUGAUGGAGGUCCAUUAUUGCUCGAGGCAUAUCCCUCGACUUGUGGUGGGACUUGCUCGGAUGGAGAAUGGGCAAUCAGCGGGCAUCCACUGUCUACGGUUUACCCGAACUUUAUUUGCAAAACCAGCCUGACCAAUAGUUUCAGGAGGCAA